GUCCUCUGGUGGCCUGCAGAUUCUUGAUUUGACGACGAGUACAACAAUGACGACGAGCAAGACUAAAACCAAGACGCCAAAAGCCAGCGGUAGCUGCCUCAAGAAGUGGUUCUUCCGCCUCAUCGCUGCUGCCGUUCUCUACGUGACGUGUCAGUACCUUGACACGAUUAAGCAUCGAUGGUACGUCUUCGAGCCUGAGAGCCUACACCAGCUCGCGAAGGCAGCCAUUGCGGCCUCGCCAGAUCCAAACGAUGCCUGGUUCAUGGCGAACUACAUCGCGAAGAACCUCACGGAGACGUACCCGCAGACUCAAAUUGCAUUGAAUCCGAAUCCUUCAGAGUGGGUUUUCAGCAACGCUGGCGGCGCGAUGGGUGCGAUGUAUGUCAUCCAUGCAAGCAUCACCGAGUACCUCAUUGUCUUUGGUACUCCGAUUGGCACCGAGGGACAUACGGGCUUGCACACUGCAGACGACUACUUCAAUAUCCUUGUCGGCGAGCAGUGGGCGUUCUCGCCGCCGAACCUGCAGAUGGAGAGAUAUCCUGCUGGGUCGGUCCAUCACUUGCCGAGGGGCCAGAUGAAGCAAUACAAGAUGCAUGAAGGGUGUUUCGCGCUGGAAUAUGCCAGAGGGUGGAUCCCUUUGAUGCUGCCGUUCGGCCUCGCAGACGUUCUGUUCUCGACGCUUGACUAUGUGUCGUUCUAUGACACGGCCCGCAUCUCGGGCCGCGAGAUGUUCAAAAAUCUUCUCAUUGGAAAAAUCUAGAUAUCAAUACAUAAUGCUCAUUUCUUGCUUUCACGCAACAAGACG